AUGAAUCCAAACAAGAAAGAUGGGAAGAAGGCCAUGAUCUCAGCGACUUUCGCUGCAACAGUUGAAACAAUGUCUGAUCCAAAAUCUGCAUAUCAAGGAUCGGGCGCCGAACAAGUUUGGUGGACAUUAUACCAGAAUUUCUUCUUCUGUGGCAUUAGAAAACUUCCAAUCGUUACAAGUAAUAACGUCUUGAAUCCAAACUUCAAGUUUGAUGAAGCAGUCCACAACAUCCAUGCUCAUCUUGAUAAAGUUUUAGCAUAA